ACGGCGGGCGCUGGGACCACGCGGAACGUGCUGCGCUGUCAGUUAGCUGUCGCUCACGUUGAAGCUCCUCGUUCCCACCGGAGAGAAAACAGCCGAGUUCAGCCGCUGCGGAGCGGACAGACUCCGCGGGUCUUAUACACCUUAAUUCAUUCCUCACGCGCGAGGUCAUUGUCUUUUUUUUUUCUUUCUUUAAAUCAUGUCGUCAUAAUGAGGUGAGUAUGGCCAAGCGACCGGGGACCGACGACGGGAUGUUGACUUCGCCGGCAGUUCUCCGGGACUUCGCGAGUCGAUCCGAUCUGAGCUCCGGGGACCUGGACAUGGACUGCGCCGACGGGGCCGCGGAGGUGUCCCUGGAAGACAUCCUGAAGCUGUACAGCCAGCCGAUAAACGAGGAGCAGGCCUGGGCGGUGUGUUACCAGUGCUGUCGGACUUUAGCGCAGAAACGCAGGAGAAAAAGCUCCAAGUCAGCCGUUGGUUCGGCCGCCGAUUACCCGAGGAGAAUCGAGGGACCCGGGGAUGUGAGGAUCGGGAGAGACGGCGCCGUGAAGCUGCCCUUCGGAGAUUGCACAGACAAAUACCAGCCGGCUGCAACGUCAUUAGAGGUCAUUGACUCGUUGGGGAUCAUGAUUUACAAAGCUUUGGACUACGGCCUCAAAGAAAACGAGGAGCGUGAACUCAGCCCUCCGUUGGAGCGCCUGAUUGACAUGAUGACAAACGCCGAAAAAAACCAGAGUGACCCCUGUCCUGACGAGGGCUACGAAGCCACAGAGGAGGAAGAUGAGGGCGAGGAAGAAGAGGAGAAGGAAGAGGAGCCCGUCUCUGCCACCACCGCCGGGUCCAUCUCCAGCAUUCGCAGCUAUCAGGACCUCAUUGCGCUAUGUUCGUCCCACCUGCCCCACACAUCCGACGCCUCCAGUCACUACCAGGCCGUGUGUCGGGCUCUUUAUGCGGAGACCAGGGAACUAAAAACCUUUCUGGACAAGAUCAAGAAUGCCAAAGAGAACCUUCGGAAAAUGGAAGGUGGGACUCGAGAGCAACCUAUCCAAGACCUCGAUGAGCUGCAAAAUUCAGAUUGGGCACGGUUCUGGGUGCAGGUGAUGCGAGAUUUACGGGAUGGUGUUAAAUUAAAGAAGGUUCAGGAGCGUCAGUACAACCCAUUAGCCAUUGAAUACCAGCUCACGCCGUACGAAAUGCUGAUGGACGACAUCCGCUCCAAACGCUAUAAGCUGCGGAAAGUCAUGGUCAAAGGAGACAUCCCGCCAAGGUUAAAGAAGAGUGCUCAUGACAUCAUUCUUGAAUUCAUCAGGUCAAGACCCCCUCUCAACCCUGUUGCAGCCCGCAAACUGAAACCCCACCCGGUGCGACCGCGGAGCCUCCACGAGCGACUGCUGGAGGGCAUCAAAGCUGAAAGGAAACUCCGGCCGGUAUCACCGGACAUGAUCCGCAGAAACCGCCUCGUCAUGCGACCUCUUAGCAUGUCUUACAGCUUUGACUCAUCAGGUGCAGGGAAAAGCAUCAGCACUCCUCAGGAAUUGUUUCGCAGCUCAGACACCCCUGAUGCACCCAGGAAAUUGGCUGUCAGCACCCAGUUUCUGGCCAGUGGCUCCCUGCUGGCACCCGAUCAAGACUCCGCCCAGCAACUUAGCCAGAGGAAGAGGGUGCUCAAAGCACCCACACUGGCGGAGUUGGACAGCUCCGAAUCUGACGAGGAUGCCACACAGAGCAGCUCCAGCAUGUCCACAUCUUUGUCCCCGGUGUCAGUCGCAGAGAAGAAGGUUCCUCCAAAGUUCCUGCCUGUGUCUGCAACCCCACAGCCAAAGGAGCGUCGGUCUCCACAGAGGCGGCACUCAAUCGAGAAGGAAUCCCCCACAAGUGUCCGGCCUUUUGCACCUCCAUCUAGACAGAGCGCCAAGUCUUUGAUGAUGGCGGAUCCCAGGGCCAAGGUUGAUGCCGCCAGCGGUGCUCAGGGCCCGGAGGAGUUCCGCUACCCAGUGGAGUGUCUGGCUCUGACGGUGGAGGAGGUGAUGCACAUCAGGCAGGUUCUGGUCAAGGCCGAGCUGGAGAAGUUUCAGCAGUACAAAGAAAUCUACAUUUCCCUCAAGAAAGGAAAGGUUUGCUUUUCUUGUCGGACCAAAAGGUUCUCUCUCUUCACCUGGUCCUACACCUGCCAGUUCUGCAAAAGGCCGGUGUGUUCCCCGUGCUCCAGAAAGAUGCGUCUGCCUUCGAAGCCCUACUCCACCCUCCCCAUCUAUGCUCUGGGCCCGAGUGCUAUGGCUAAAGAAGAGGCAGGUGGAGCGUCGGGCCCUGCGGUGCCAGAGAAGAACCCAUUUGGUUCUGCACACAGCCGGAGCAGCCUACGCAGAAGUGUUCACAAGUUCUCAAAGCACAGCAGCAGUGAUAGCAGCAAAGAUGGGCAGUCACAGGAUGAGCCUGAGCUGCCCAAGGAGCUAACAGAGGACUGGGUCACCAUGGAGAUCUGUGUAGACUGCAAAAAGUUCAUUACAGAAAUCAUCACCUCCAGCAAGCGCAGCCUGUGCGUGGCCACCAAACGUGCCCGUCUCAAUCGCAAAACCCAAUCCUUCUACAUGUCGUCGUCCAACUCGGUCAACUUCCGGCCCUCUGAGCGCAGCAUCAAGGAGGUGUAGGGGUGGGAUCGCCUCUCUUGGAGCACUUUUUUUUUUUUUUAGUCCACUGAAUAAAAAAACAAAAAAAAACUCAAUGAAGCCAGUCCCUCUCACCCCAAAGUUAAAGGUUCUUGUACCUUACCCUGUCUCAGGAAAAGUUGGCAGGCUAUGAUUGGUCAUGACUGGUCAUGACCGUAUGGUAGCUGCCAGAUAACAAAGGAGAGCCAUGUUUCUAUUGAAGUCAGUCAAAUCGUUUAGAUGCAAAUGUUGCUAUUGUAAACGAGGUAACAGAAUGUAUAUAUUUGACAUAAACAACGAAUCAGAAUGCCAAAUGCUGCAGUCUUGAUAGGUAAUCGUCGGCCCCUCACGCAUCUUGGUUUUGAAUAUAUUUUCCAGUUCCUGUUUAACUUCUAGCACUCAGGAUUAGCAACAGAUUGUCUUUUGACAGUUGUAAACACUGUCGGGUCUGUUGGGGUAAACCCUGCCUCUCCUUUUCUUCCAGCAACAGUUAUGCUAAAUGUAACAUAAUUCAUUUAAAAGUAAGUUUAAAUGCAUAAUUACUGUUUUCUCAUGUUGUGGGAAUCACGCUUUGGGGCAAGAUUAGUCGGUUGUGUUUUAAAAAAAAAUUUUUUAGUGGCUUUAGUCAUUUUAACGUAAAUUAAAUUCUGUGCCUGGUGCCAUUAUGUAAUGUCUUUGAAUGCUUUUGUAGUUAUGGACCUCUUGUACAUAUGUGUGUUAUAAACUCAAUGGGGGUAUUUUUAGGGUAAUCCAAGGUUUUGUCUCUACCCCUUUCCAUUUUCCAAGCUGGCCAACAGAAGCACAGACAUGUAGGAUUAUGAAUGUACAUGCUGUAAAUCUUAAUUGUUCCAAAUUUAAUAUAAAAGAAUGAACUAAGAAGUUAUAAUUUUAUCAUGUCAUAAGAUUUCUGCCUCUUGAGUGUCUUCUGUUGAAAUUAUUUUCUGACAACUUUAAUAUUAUUACGGUUAUGUUUGUCAAUGUGAUAUUUUAUUGUAUAGUUUAUAAACUCUUCAGUGUUAAAAUAUUCUUCUAAAUCGCACUUUUAUUGGAACCAUUUGUUGUUAUACUUGUGUUUCAUAUCAUUAAUACAAAUUAUUAAUUGCUUUUCACAUCUUGGGAGUCCAUAGUGCCAGUUCUUCAUGAAUGAAAACGUGUGAAUGGCUAAAGGUUGUUUGUGAGUUGGACUAAUGGCUAAAAACACAGCACUCCAUUUAGUUGAAUGUAGGCCAGUUUGUAGCUGUCAUUGAAAAUGCUUCAUGAAUGUGUUGUCCCUUUCAAAAUAACUAACCAGCCUGUUGAAUAACGAUGCCAUGUUCCAUAAACCCAUACAUCUCAGUUUUAUUUUUAACCUCUAAGGAAUGUAUGCAUGUUGUACUGUGAUCUGUUUCUUUUUAUCAAAGAAAUUAUAAUAAAACAGCAUCAUUCACACUUUGGCUCAAUGA